GCUCCGGGUGAAGCGGCGGCUGCGGCCGUACCUGCCGGGAGGAUUUUCCUUGGGGGGGGGGCAGAGAGAGCAUUUUCUCCAGGCUGGAGGGAGGGCUGGUGGGAUCCCAUCCAGAAACACAGACCCCUCCCCGAGCCACCGGGGUUUGGCUCAGCCCUGCAGGAUGACCCCUGGCAGGGAGCUCCCAGCCCUCCCCGAACCUCCCUCUUUCUUCUAGUUUGGUGGGAUGGAUAAACCAGGCCUUUGGGCGUAGGGACCUGCUCCCUCCUUGGCUGUGACCCACCACCCUCCACGCCUGGAGAGGCACCUGGGUGUCCCCCCAUUUCCCCCUGGAGCCGCCUGCACCCCUUGUCCCCCCUGGAACCUCAUCCCUGGCACCCCCCGGUGCGGAGCGGGUGGCGCAGGAGGGACCCAGGAGAGGAGUUUUUCUGCAGCCUCAGAAAACUUUUGAUGCAUCUGAGAAGGUGGUGAAGGAAGGAGGGACAUGACCUGGAGAGGAUAAACAGGAAAAAUGGGGAGGUUUCUCCAGUUUGGAAAAGGUUUGCUUCUUUUUCCCCCUCCCCUGUCUCAGGCUCACUGGAAGGGAUUAUACAAAUAAGAGCAGGAAACUGCAGUCAGGGCUUUGCCAGGAAUAGAUUUUUUUUUUUUUUAAUUUUUUUUAUCUUCUGAUAUAAAUGAAGAAAUAUGGGAGUCCGUAGAGGCUGUUCCACAGGCACCCUCACAUUUUGAUUGCCAAGUCAUUUGCAUCCGUCUAUAAAGUGACAUCCACCCUGCGAUGGGAGUUGACAAGUAAUCACAAAGAAUAAAAACUCCUGGAAACAUCUCCGUGCCACCGAUACAACUUCAGGAGGAGACAAGUUGGGGGAUAAGCGCAAAAUGUACUGAACGUUUUCGGACGAGUAGAAGAGAAGUGUCGUCUUGGAAGAUGUUAAAUAUUAAUUUUUUACCUAAUCGCCGUCAUUCGUGGAUUUGCUUCGAUGUGGAAAAUGGCCCGUCGCCGGGUCGCAGCCCGCUGGACCCACAGGCCAGCUCCUCCUCGGGCCUCGUCCUGCACACCACGUUUCCAGGCCACAGCCAGCGCAGGGAGUCCUUCCUCUACCGCUCCGACAGCGACUACGACUUAUCACCAAAGACCAUGUCCCGCAACUCUUCUCUCCCAAGCGAACAGCAUGGGGACGACCUGAUUGUCACGCCAUUCGCCCAGGUGCUGGCCAGCCUACGAAGCGUGAGGAAUAACUUCACCCUCCUCACCAAUUUGCACGGCACCGCCAACAAGAGAUCCCCAGCAACGAGUCAGCCCCCUGUCUCCAGAGUUAACCUGCAAGAGGAACCCUACCAGAAGUUGGCCAUGGAGACGUUGGAGGAGCUCGACUGGUGCUUGGAUCAGCUGGAGACCAUCCAGACCUACCGCUCCGUCAGCGAGAUGGCAUCCAACAAGUUCAAGAGGAUGCUGAACCGGGAGCUGACACACCUUUCCGAGAUGAGCCGCUCCGGCAACCAGGUGUCUGAGUACAUUUCCAACACUUUCCUGGACAAGCAGAACGAUGUGGAGAUUCCUUCUCCCACCCAGAAAGACAGAGAGAAGAAGAAAAAACAGCAGCUCAUGACGCAGAUCAGCGGAGUGAAAAAAUUAAUGCAUAGUUCAAGCUUAAAUAACACCAGCAUUUCACGAUUUGGUGUGAAAACAGAAAAGGAAGACCAUCUGGCUAAGGAACUGGAAGACCUGAAUAAGUGGGGUCUCAAUAUAUUCAACGUUGCGAGGUAUUCCCACAACAGGCCACUCACCUGCAUCAUGUAUGCCAUAUUUCAGGAGCGGGACCUGCUGAAAACAUUCAAGAUCUCCUCGGACACUUUUGUCACGUACAUGAUGACCCUGGAAGACCACUACCACUCGGAUGUCGCUUACCACAACAGCCUCCACGCCGCUGACGUCGCCCAAUCCACCCACGUCCUGCUCUCCACCCCUGCCUUGGAUGCUGUCUUCACGGAUUUGGAAAUCCUUGCCGCGAUUUUUGCAGCUGCAAUUCAUGAUGUGGAUCACCCCGGGGUCUCCAAUCAAUUUCUUAUUAAUACAAAUUCUGAACUAGCCUUGAUGUACAACGACGAAUCUGUCUUGGAGAACCACCAUCUUGCUGUGGGUUUCAAACUGCUUCAAGAGGAGCACUGCGACAUCUUCCAGAACCUCACCAAGAAACAGCGUCAGACGCUCAGGAAGAUGGUGAUCGACAUGGUGUUGGCGACAGAUAUGUCCAAGCAUAUGAGCCUGUUAGCUGAUCUGAAGACUAUGGUGGAAACCAAGAAGGUGACCAGUUCAGGAGUUCUGCUUCUGGACAACUACACAGACAGAAUACAGGUUCUCCGAAACAUGGUACAUUGUGCAGACUUGAGUAAUCCCACAAAGUCUCUGGAGCUGUACCGGCAGUGGACGGACAGGAUCAUGGAGGAGUUCUUCCAGCAGGGAGACAAAGAGCGAGAGAGAGGAAUGGAAAUCAGCCCCAUGUGCGACAAACACACAGCCUCAGUGGAAAAAUCACAGGUGGGAUUCAUUGACUACAUCGUCCAUCCUCUCUGGGAGACGUGGGCUGACCUGGUGCAGCCCGACGCCCAGGACAUCCUGGACACGCUGGAGGACAACAGGAACUGGUACCAGAGCAUGAUACCUCAGAGCCCUUCUCCUCCUCUGGAGGAGCGGGGCAGGGACUGUCAGAACCUGAUGGAGAAGUUCCAGUUCGAACUGACGCUGGAGGAGGAGGAUUCGGAUGGACCGGAGAAGGAGGGCGAGAGCAUCGCCUACUUCAGCAAUACAAAGACACUCUGCGUGGCUGACCCAGGGGAGGAGGAUUCACAGCAGGAAGCCAACAUAGAGAUUGUGACAGAAGACACGUCCCCCGUGGACACAUAAUGCCCCCCGCAGCCGCGUGAGUGGAUUUUACACACUUAAGGAGGGUGCAAGCAGUCUGACGGACUCGCCUGCAGCCUGGGGUCUGAGGCCUGUGUCCCACACCGGCCCAAAGAUCCUCCCAGCUACUUGAGAUUGGAGUCAGGGUUAAAGAUCGUGUAGGGAAUGAUUGCUCAGGAAAUUAACAGGUGAUUUAACGUUGUGGUUUGUUAAGCCUCGUCACCACGAGAGCGUGGUGGUGUCCUGGAGCUGGCUUGGGUCGUGACUGAAGAGUAAACGACACACAACUGAGAGAUUUUUAUACUGUUAGUUUUUGGAAUUUAUACCAGUUAGACUGAUAGAAACUACUGAUUAAUAACUCUCCAUAGAAAAACCUGUCCACCCGACCACCUGUCUGCAGACCUGUGUGCCUUCUUUGUAAACACUUUCAUGUCUUUUCAAGAGUCUAUUAAUUAAAUACACGGAGUUUAGUAUAAAAAAAAGCGACGCGGAGUGUUUGGAAAUUGACGGAUACUUUUUUGAUUCUUCCUGUUACAAGAGCAGUCUUCCUUUUUUUCCAUGGGCAAUACCUGUCACUUUAUUGCAGUUUAAUGGCUUUUACAGACUUAAAUGGAAGGGAAACCCUCUGUUUUGCAUUACUGCACCUUUAAUCGUCUUCUUGAUACCCCUGGGGUGACCCCUUUAGAGUCACUCCGUGCAUCAUCUCUGUUCGCUUGCUAGGAAUAACAGUAUUUUUUAUUAUUUUUUUUUGCCUCGACGGGGUUUGAUUUCUGUCGUGCGCAGGACAGAGGGUGGUUUGUUUCCAUGGCACGUGGAAGUAAGAAGGAAGCGUGAUAAGGCAGCGUGUGACACGCGUGUGUGUGUGUGUGUGUCCCCUUGGCAGCUCCUUGGCUCGGUGGAAGUUGCACGCUCAGAUAUUUGUGUUUCUCUUGCCUAUUUGGUCACGUUUUUUCCUAGGUUUAGGUCCACCGUCCUCCUCCUGCACUGCCUUGAGCUCUAACACCUCCAUUACUGUUUAUAACAGUGUAUUUAUUACGUAAUGUAUAUACUGUAAUGUUUUGUAAGUUAUUAAUUUAUAUGAAUUAACAUUGCCUGUCGGCGGCGAUGUUAAUUGUGUAGAAAACUCGGAAUAAGAGUUGCCUUUUUUUUUUUUUUCUUUGUUUUGUUUUUUUUUUCUUGUAACCUUUUGUAUUGCAUAAAA